AUGACUGGAUCGACAACAAAAAGCUGUUACGUAGGCGUCGACGUGGGUACCGGCUCGGUACGAGCAUCGAUAGUCACAAAAUCUGGCAAAGUGCUCGCGUCCUCCACCCAAGAGACAAAGACAUGGCGCGAUCCUCACGAUCACCGCGUCUUCGAGCAGUCCACCACGGAUAUCUGGAGCCGCAUCGGUGUUGCUAUCAAGGACUGUCUAAGUGCCUCUGGCGUUGAGCCAAGUGCGGUGAAAGGACUAGGAUUCGAUGCGACGUGCUCGCUGGCGGUGACCGACUUCGAGGGCGAGCCGGUCAUCGUUACGAAGGGUGAAGAGAUCGGCGGGCAUGGCGAGAGAAACACCAUCCUUUGGGCAGAUCACCGCGCGGAGGAAGAGGCUGAGUUGAUCAAUCGCACUGGGUCAGUCGUGUUGGACUACGUUGGCGGAAAGAUGAGUCUAGAAAUGGAGGUCCCAAAAGUUCUCUGGCUCAAAAAGCACAUGUCUCCUGAGCAUUUUCACAAAUGCCAAUUUUUUGACCUGCCCGACUUCCUAACAUACCAAGCGACUCGGGACAGCUCGCGCUCCACCUGUUCCCUGACGUGCAAGUGCUCGUAUGUUGCCAACUCAGGAUGGCAGAAGGAAUUCUUCGAGCAGAUCGGGCUCGAGGAACUGAGCGAAAGGGAGUAUGCUCAAAUGGGCCCCAAAGACGGCGAAGAGGUGCUCAUAGCAGGUAUGCCCGUCGGCGAAGGGCUCUCGAAGAAGGCAGCAGAAGAACUCGGGCUGCGACCUGGCACACCUGUCGGAAGCGCAAUUAUCGAUGCGUACGCAGGGUGGCUAGGCACUAUUGCCGCGAGGUUCGCAGACGACAAGCAGGAACUGAGUGAAGUUCCUACUAUCGAAGAAUCUGGACAUCGACUUGCAGCUGUAGCUGGAACGAGCACUUGCCAUAUCGUUCAAAGUCCAAGUGAUAUUUUCGUUAAUGGAGUGUGGGGUCCGUACAAGGACCCAAUUCUCAGUGGUUGGUGGAUGAAUGAAGGCGGGCAAUCCUCGACUGGACAACUAAUAGACUUCAUUCUAACGACUCAUCCCGCCUACCCCGAGCUUGUGGAACUAGGAAAGAAAAAUCAGAAACCCAUCCACACUGUCCUCGAAGAACGUCUGGAGAAAUUGCGGACGGAAUCCGCUGUCGAAACUCUCACUGAGUUGACCAAGGACUUACAUUUAUAUCCUGAUCUUCAUGGAAAUCGAUCUCCCAUUGCAGAUCCGCGAAUGCGGGGCUCCAUCGUCGGCCUCGAGCUCAGCAACUCCCUAAACGAUCUCGCCAAAAAAUACCAUGCGACCCUCCUUGCCAUCGCCCUCCAAACGCGGCACAUCAUCGACACCCUUAAUGGCGCGGGUCACCACAUCUCCGCGAUCUACAUGAGUGGCGGGCAGGCGAAGAACGCAGGAUUGAUGCAACUCUUCGCGGAUGUGUGUGGUAUGCCGGUCGUCUUGCCCCGGGAUAGCGGCGGCGCAGUGGUACUUGGAGCGGCGAUGCUGGGAAGAUUGGCGGUUGAAUUCGCGCAGGGUGAAGGUGGGUCGAGAGGGAAGCUGAAGGAAGGACAGGCGGAGAGGUUGUGGGGCAUUAUGGUCGAGAUGACACCACCUGGUACACUGGUCUCCCCAAAAGCGUCCCCAAGAGAGAAGAAGCUUCUUGAGGCCAAGUACAAGAUCUUCCUCGAGAGCAUCGAAAUCCAGAAACGAUGGAGGAAGGAAAUCGAAGACGCCACCAAGUAA